AUGGCUUCUUUCUGGGCCAAAAAAUGGCAAUACUUCGGACUCGCCAAAUACAAAAGUUUAAAAACGGAUGAGUUUGACGAUGCCGAAAAGGAUAGUGGUGUCAGGCGACACUUAGUGCACGGCAGUGAGAGCACAAGUUCACUUUCCUCUGGGUCCGGUUCGAAAGCUCAGUACGAUGACGAUGAUGAAGAAAGAGGUGCUAAUCAUCGUUCGUGGUCAACACGCAGCAAACUGUUGAUGGUUGUCAACCUCGUUGUUUUCUGUUCCUCAUUGGCUUUGUUUUUCACUGGGUUUUACCGUCAGUCAUCAAUGCCAAAUUCUGCUUACAGAAAAGUGUCUACCUGGUCCCCAGUUAUGGAUGACAUGGAAAUCCCCUUUGUCGAAAAACAAGUACAAGGUGGCUUAUUCCCUGCUACGAAGGCCGAAGAUCAAUUGCUUGGUCGUCGCGAGCCUAGCCCAGAAACUGAUGAUCUGUGGUUGGACUACGAGAUCCAGCGCCCGUUUCUGCUCACUCGAGAGCAAGUCAUCGAACUCGGAAAGGACCCUGAAAAGACAGUCAAGUACCCUGACGAUGUCUUUGGUCUCGGAACCGAGGCUUACAUGGGAGGAAUGGACGUCUUCCAUGUGCUACAUUGUUUCAAUACCAUCCGCAAAGAGGCUUUCAAAGACUACUACUUUGACGGAGAACAGUACCAUAUGGAGGGAUAUGGUGAGGAAUCGCAGCCAAAGCGCCGCCAUUCUGAGCUCUUCUGGGUCCAUCUCCGCCAUUGCACAGACAUUAUCGUGCAGUUCCUCAUGUGCAAUGCCGACACGACAAUGACCACCAUGACCUGGCUCGAGACGCAGGAACGCCCGUGGCCGGACUUUUCCGUGAACAAAAAGUGCGUCGACUUCGACACUCUUGUGCGCUGGCGUGACGAAAACGCCCUAAAUAUUUCGCAAGCCGGUCUCGUCAGGCGGCCACCUGGUGCGCCGGAGACAAAAAUGAGCGAGGAGUACUGGAGGAUACCUUUACACGGACAAUCUUCGCUACCGCAAAAGAUGUCCUCUUCUAAUAAGACCCUCGGUGCAACCCGCACUGAAAAGUUGGCACAAUGGGCUGUUAAUUUGCAAUAUCAGGAUAUCCCACAGGAAGUGAUAGAACGCACAAAGGAGCUGUUCCUCGACUGGCUUGGAUGUGCUAUAGCUGGCCGACAUCACCCCGCUGUCUCGGCCAUAGCGCGAUAUACCACUGAGAUGGGCCCUACAGCAGGCAAGAAAAGCGAGUUUGUGGAUGGGUCUAUUGGCUUUUUGACAUCUCCGGCUUUUGCUGGGUUGGUGAAUGGAGCUUCCUCUCAUGUAGUCGAACAGGAUGAUCUUCACAAUCGAAGUAUGAUGCACCCGGCCACUGUAAUUUUUCCCGCGGCUCUAGCAGUCGCUCAAGAUAUACAGGCAAAUGGGAAAGAAUUCAUCGCCGCCUGUGUAGUUGGCUACGAAGUCGGUUGCCGUGUAGGAGAAUAUUUGGGAAAGAAUCAUUACGAAAUGUUUCAUUCAACAGCCACCGGGGGAGUUAUCGGUGUCGCAGCUGCUGUCGGCCACCUUUUGAAACUCGACCUAGAUCGCAUGCUUUCUGCCAUCGGGACUGCGGGAACCCAGGCAGCUGGUCUAUGGCAAUUUUUGAUCGAUGCAUCACAUUCAAAGCAGGUUCAUACCGGCAAAGCAUGUUUCGAUGGCAUUUUUGCUGCGUACACGGCCCGGGACGGCCUACUCGGUCCACGAGAUAUCCUCGAGGGCCCGCGGGGGAUGGGGAAUGCAUAUGGACGAGGUAGUACGAAGCCCGAGGCUAUCGACCGAAAUCUAGGCCAAGAAUUUGCAGUUCUCUUAUCCAGCUUUAAGUGGCAUGCGUCCUGUCGACACACCCACCCAAGCGUCGAUGCUCUACUAAGUUUGAUGCAGGACCACGGGCUAAAAUUUGAUGACAUCGAAUCGGUUGUUGCACGCACAUAUCGGGCUGCUCUCGAUGUUUUGGGUCUCGGUGGUCGCGGUGAGACGGUCCACCAGAGCAAAUUUACAAUGGGCUUUGUGCUUGCAGUAGCAGCUAGGAAUGGGCAGGCUAUGAUUACGGACUUCACCGAGCAGGGCCUCCACGAUUCGGCCCUGCGUAAUUUUCAGGAUCGAGUCGUUAUGGAAUACGAUGCCGACAUUGACUCCAAAUUUCCCGAGGAAUGGCAAGGAACUGUCAUUGUCACUUGCAAAUCCGGUCAAAAAAUCACAAAGUCGGUUGAAUAUUUGAAAGGAGAUCCUCAAAUUCCAUUGACGAGGUCCGAGCUUGAAACAAAGACUAGAGCGCUUUUUGAGUAUGGUGGAUACAAGGAUGCUGAGCAAGUGGAAACCGUGAUCCAAAGAGCUUGGAACUUGGAACUUGAAAACAAUCUCAUCGGUUUCUCUUUCAAAUAG